AUGUACUGGCCCAUUGGGGCGCCCAAGACUUAUGCUGCUUCUAAGCAUGUAACCCGCAGCACCAACCUACCCACUCCCGACCACGAUGAUGCCGACAAGCUCGCCGUCACACCUCUCUCGCCUGAUGCUGGCCAACUCACACCUUUGGUCCUGGAACAUGACCAAACGCCCUUUGAACCUCUAGUCGCGGCGAGUCCUGCUGUGGACGAUGCCAGCAGUGCAGAAGAGCAGGAUAUAGUGGACAUUAAAACAUCUCGCGCUGGCAACAUCUUCACCACAAUCACGGCCUCAUCGCUCAGCGUGUGGCAAACCAAGCCUACCGCUCUGCUUGCGACAGUCGCAAGGUCGGAUCAUUCCCUCGAAACAUACGGUCCCAACACAUCUCUCCUGCUGCGCCCAGACGCCCUUAUAGUUAUUGUUCAAACCCAAAAGGGCUUCCUAAUCACAUACUCCUUGGCCAUCGAUCCUGCUGCCAGAGUAUACCAAACCUCAAUCAUCACUUCUUCCGGGUCCCACGUCCGUAGGUCAAGCAAUGAAGCUUAUACCAAGAGACCUAAUCUUACCCCGGAUGUCGGACCUGCCGAAGGGGAAGGCAUCAAAGAAGUCAGCAUCCGAUUCCGCAUGGUUAUCAGAAUAGACGCUGGUAUCUCCCGAGCCCUUGUGCUGGAUGACGAGCUUGUCGUGACUACUGUCAAGCCUGCAGCCAUCCAAUGUAUCCGCUGGACGCCAGAUAGCUCAGGCUCUUCUCACAACACUGAACUUCUUAAACGAAUGUCUUGGCUUGUCGGUAGACCUUCAGUCACUGAUAUGUCAUAUGAUAGACCUAUGAACCUGCACACAUGGGUGACAGAUGAUGGCCGAGCGUAUGCUGUCCAGAGAUUGUCUGGGUCAAGUGCUGACCCAGUCAACGCGAAGAGUUUAUUCAGAGGAUUCUGCUUCCAUUCUCCUGAGCCCAAAGGUCGUUUUGCUACAAAGUCUGCGAUCAAUGCUCGAUUCUCGCUAAUAGCUAUUGGAUGCUCAAACGGCACGAUUCAAGUGUACUCCGCAAAAGAUUAUGUUGGUAAUAUCCCGCCAUCGCACGAAUUGAAGCUGCCUGUCUCAGAAGCAUCCUCUGGUAAUCUCACCUUCUUGAGUUGGUCUCCCGAUGGCUACUGUCUGUUUGCGGGCUACGAUCAAGGGUGGGCCAUGUGGAGUGUUUACGGCAAGCUAGGCGCGAACACAUUCGGUGCGGAUCGGUCUGUUGCCGAGUCCAAUGCUGAAGAGUGGCUCUGUGGAGUACGCGCUGGAUUCUGGGUAGGUGGCGGUGCAGAGAUCCUGCUGCUAGGCCCCGCUAGACGUGAAUUGCAUGUCGUCGAGAUGAUGCGCAGCAGUGUGACGGGUUGCUUCGGCAUGCCCAACAUCUCUAGAUCUCUCCUGCAAGGAAGCACCAGUCUAAUGCUGUACAAAGGAUUCGAGACCUCGGACCACACGACGAUAUCUGGGGACAUCUCCUUGUGGCAGACUGUCCAAGUCCCACAAGCCUAUCUCGCAUAUCAGUGGCCUAUUCGACUCAGCGUUGUCUCUGCAGAUGCACGAUAUCUCGCUGUAGCCGGAAGACGAGGGUUGGCCCACUAUAGCGUUGGAAGUGGGCGAUGGAAGAGUUUCGAGGAUCCAAUCGCCGAGAACAGCUUCACUGUGAGAGGUGGUAUGUGCUGGUGGCAACACAUUCUUGUGGCUGCUGUGGAGUCAGGCAGUAGUUACGAGGUCCGGCUUUAUUCGCGAGAGAAGACUCUGACCAAUUCUCAAGUACUGCACACUGAAGUCCUUGCAUAUCCGGUGGUAUGUAUGGCCACGUCUGGAGAAGAUUCUCUGCUGGUGUAUACAUAUGAGAACAUUCUGCUCCACUAUAUAUUCGUCUCGUCGGCCAAGACUGUCAAACUUGCUCAGGUUGGCCAAAUCGCCUUCCACGGCAUAAUCAGGGCUCCCCCUCGCGUUCGCGCUAUCAGCUGGAUUUUACCCGAGGACCAACGAGAUAACGGCGAUCCAUCUCACGACGUUGCUACAGCUUCCGUUCUGUUCCUUGUCGACGCCAAGUUGGUGUUGUUGCAGCCCUCAGCGAACGAACAUGGAGAGCUGAAAUACGACAUGCGCGUCAUAGCACACAACGUGGAGUUCUACACAUUAUCUAGAGAGCAGCCGCCCUCGACCUCAUCACCAAGUCUUCUUGAAAGUGGUUCUGAUAACAGCUAUAUCCCUGUUGAUGUUCUAGGCCACAGCUUGCGAGACUCUCUGUGGUACUUUGAUGGCACGUCGAUGCAUGCAUGGUCCGACGUACUCGAUGUGCUCUCAUCCGCUCUCACGGAGCACGGGCGUGAUGUGGCGCCCACGGUCGCUAUUGAGACCGACUUUUACCCCCUAUCUGCAAUUGUGGAGAAGGGCCUCCUGACUGGUCUAGAGUCUGACUUGGUCCAACGACGAGACAUUAACUUUGCGUUCUACCGCCUCAACCAGCGCACGCAUCUGUCAAUACCAUCUCUCCUGCGGCACCAUCUAGCCCAGUAUGAUUCGCCCGCUGCGCUCCAUCUUUCGCAUUCGUACCAAAAGCUUCCCUACUUCAAUCAUGCCUUAGAAGUGCUGCUCCAUGAUGUCCUGGACGACGAGGUAGAUACUCCUCCAGAGUCUCUGGAGGCAGCACUUCUUCCGAGUGUGCUGUCCUUUCUAUCUUCCUUCCCAACAUAUCUUGACAUUGUCGCUGGAUGCACACGUAAGACAGAAUUGCGAAGUUGGGAAACUUUGUUUCGUUACUUGCCUCCCGUGGUGGAAUUGUUCGAAGAAUCUCUUCAAAAAGACAUGCUCAAGACCGCGGGAAGCUAUCUGCUCAUUCUGCAUGCCUUUGACGAAGGUAGCUUUAGCGCACGUCAGAUAUCAACUCUACUCAAAAGAGCUAGAGAAGAGGGCGAUUGGGACCUCUGCAAAGAACUUGCUCGUUUCCUGGUUGGCAUUGACGAGACAGGAAACCUUCUGAAGACUGUCCUCGUCCGGGCUGGGCUGAAGACCGCCGAGCCUGAUACCACCACAUACAGCUCCUCGGAUGGUGGAGAUGAGAACGUCAUGACAUUCGACGAUAACGGCGACUCAGAUGGUGCAGCAGUCCAGACGUCUGAUAGGUCUGAUGGGCACAGUGGUGGCAGCAUCAUAGUGAAUGCUAGUCGGAAUCCUGAUUCCUGUGCGCAAGAUUAUUUCGCGGACACAGCAAGGUACUCAUGA